UGGAAAAAGAGUUUAAGUAGGCUCUGACGUCGCUCUAAAAACUUUUUUUUUGCAAUCAAAAGAAUUCAGAUCAUAACAGUCUCACAGAAUUCUGAACAUAUCAAAGUCUAUCAAUUUGCUCCAAUUCAACAACAUUCAGAGUUCAAAAUGGCAACAGCCUCUUCUGUGAGUUCUGUCCCUCGGAACACAUACUGGGUUCUGAGACAUGGGAAAAGCAUUCCAAAUGAAAAAGGCAUCAUAAUCUCAACAAUGGAAAAUGGAGUACUUCCAGAAUAUCAAUUGACAGCUGAAGGGAUCAACCAAGCGAAAUUGGCUGGUGAAUUAUUCCAAGUCUGGUUGAAGGAACAUAAUAUACCAAUAGAAAAUGUCAGGAUUUUCUACUCUCCAUUUUCAAGAACAGAACAAACUGCUGAAGUUGUUGCUUCUGUUCUUAAUCUUCCAUUUGAAUCAAGUUCUCAGUGCAAGGCCAUGGUAGAAUUUCGCGAGCGGUUCUUCGGACCUUCAUUUGAGUUUAAAGAUCAUAACAAUAUCGGUAACAUAUGGGAUCAAGAUGAGAAGAAUCCAUUCUUACGGCCAGAAGAAGGCGGAGAAAGUGCUGCAGACGUUGCUUCAAGACUUGGAAAUGCCGUGGAAACCAUGGAGAAAGAGCUUCAAGGAUGUGUGGUAAUGGUUGUUAGCCACGGUGAUCCGCUGCAAAUCUUGCAAGCAGUACUGCACGGAAUCAAUGAAUAUAAAGGACCUGCAGAUGGAAAUUUCAAGUCCAGGGUAGAAGCCAUCAAAACUCACUCCACCUUGUCACAUCACCGCCAAAAGUUCGCCCUACUUAAUGGAGAAUUACGACAAGUUCUGUAAUCAAAGUCUGCCAUACUUUAAUGUAUUAGGACCCUAGCCUAUAUACAGGGAGUUGAGGACUGCAUUGUCCUCUGGCGCACAACACAUGGUAUUUGUGCAGUGUUUAAUUUUCAAUAAUUCAGCUACAUUUAUUUAUUCUGAUAAACUUAAAUUUAAUUCUGGUUGUUCUAAUCCUC